AUUGAAAAUAAGAACAAAACUCCAGAGUGAGAGUAUUAGAGCAUCAGUUUAGGAGCCUCUUUAUUUACCCUUAGUUUAGUUUAGGCGUAGGCAUUACUGAGCACACUGAAAUCGGAUAAGAAUAAAUUGGAUGGUGCGCAAAUGGCACAUGUUUUAGCUCUACGAUAUCAUUUGUAACCCGAGAUUGAGGGAUUAUAUGUCAAAAAGUAUGCUUUUCUCAGAGGACACUAUCGCAAGGCUUUGCAUGGUGUCCAAGGCACUCACUACAGUUUGAGUUUUAUUUUUUUUUUAAUUUAUUUUACGAGUGCAGUUUUUUUGCAAUUUUAUUUCCCCUAAGUUCUUUGCGAAUUGUAUUGCAGCAGAGAGAGCGAUAAAGGGGUUAAAGAGAGUAAAGCGGGGAAAGUGAAUCAGUAUGGAAGAAAAUGAUCACGGCAACAGAGACGUGGUGGAGCGGCAGGAAUCGGCGGAUGAAUCAAACAGAGCCAUCCUUCCCCUUUUACAGGCGCCGGGGAACCUACAGAUCCCUCACCGGGUCACCAAUUUCUUCAUCGACAACAUCCUGCGGCCGGAUUUCGGACGGAAAAAGGACGGGGGCGCAAACCGCGAAGAGAGUAGCCUCGCAUCGCGGGAGAGCCACAACAGCCCCGCCGCCCCUCAGACCGAGCCGGUGGGGAGCACGGUGCCGGCGGAGGGGACCUCCACCCCACACACGGUUACGGGGACCAAGAAGCCCGCAAUAGCCGCCGAGGAGCCUCUGAAACCCCGCGGGGAAAACGGAGACCAGUGCCUAAGCUCAGACUCAGACAGUUCCCAAGCCAGCUCAAACCCAGCCCAGUCUCAGCCCAUGCUGUGGCCAGCCUGGGUCUACUGCACCAGAUACUCGGACAGGCCUUCUUCAGGGCCAAGAUCUCGCAAACCAAAGAAGAAAUCGACCAGCAAAGAGGACAAGCGACCACGGACGGCCUUCACAGCAGAGCAGCUGCAAAGACUAAAAUCGGAGUUUCAGACAAAUCGGUAUCUGACCGAGCAGAGGCGGCAGAACCUGGCGCAGGAGCUGGGCCUGAACGAGUCCCAGAUCAAGAUCUGGUUUCAGAACAAGAGGGCCAAAAUCAAGAAGGCCUCCGGCGCUAAAAACAGUCUGGCCCUGCACCUGAUGGCACAGGGACUGUACAAUCACGCCACCGUCUCGUCGAAAGACGAAAAAUCAGACAGCGAUUGAUUUCCAGAGAAGUCACAGAAACCCCCUGACGAAAAAGAACCUAUAGUAAUCCUAUGAUAGAUUUUUAUAGAGAUAUCACUGUAAAACUGUACCUACAGGAAUAUUUAAUGAUACCACAGCAGAUACAAAUACCACAAAGUUCUAUUACUAUCACUAUACUCAACGCUGACCCACCACAGAUAUACCAAGGGUCCAGGACACCACAGGAAAUUAAAAACAAAUCCUACAAUAAAGGCACCAUAGAUCUCUAUAUGUUCCUAUAGGAAUAUUAUAGUGAUUUUUCGAUAUAUGGGAGGUUUUUUCAAGCCUACAAUGCAAUAAUUUCAUCGAAUAAAGGGCCAGUGUGUAGAGUAUACCAGCAUAAAUUGUUUAAAAAAAUAGAGAGAGAUAUUUCUGCAAUAUCACGUCUAUAAAAGAUGUUGUAUAAAAAGGUAUGUUUUCAUUGUUUGUCGUUUCCCCCCCACACAGGAGGUACAAAUGCGUACACCCUUCAUUUUUAUAUAGGCCUACUGCUACCCAUGAUUGUCAUCAUUUUACAUUUAAACUAACUGGCACUUGGCGUUUAGAUCUGUCAGUGAAGUAAACGAACUGAAGUCCAAAGAAUAUUUUUCUGCUGCAUCCAGGCUACUGUGAAUUUAAAUAAAUGCUAACACGAUUUUAUUUCCAUGCUUGUUGGUUUCCUUGGUUGUGUAUUAAGUAGAAUGGACAGAGGAAGGUGUUUUUGAGUGUCAGUCGCAGACCUAAUUGGGCAGACAAUGAAUUUUGAUACGUUUUUUAAAAUAAAUGAAUUAAUUCACAGGAACAGUUUAUAAGUGACAGAGAGGUAGCGGUUUUUUUCUAACACGCCACUUAACUAAAUGCUAAGUUAGGCCUUGCUUAUAUGUAUGUGGUCGUCUCAUAGCCUUUAAACAAAUACUAUGUGCGUAUUCCCUUCGUUAUUCCAAUGCACCAGUGCAGCUAUUACAAUUUUAAAUAGCAAUAUAAAUCUUUUUUUUUUGUAGCUAAAUGGAUUGAAGGCUAUAAUGCUGCCUAUAAAGUCACAGAAACAACUCUGUAGCAUAAAGACAAUGAUGACAACCAUUUUGCGCACUCUGAGUAUAGACUAUACAUGCAGGUUAUUGGAUGUUCUUGUUAAAUCUUUCUCUAUAAUCAGUUAUUACAUAUCCAUAUAUCAUAAAAGAGGGCAAAUCCGUCAGUGACUGUAUUACAAAUGUUGGAAAUCUCUUAUCGUUGUUGAAAGGACUUCAUAUGUGUAUUUAUAUAGAUUAUAUUGAGAAAAAAAAUCUAUCCAAUGACCAGUGUUGCUUUAGAGUAGAUAUCUGAGGUGUUUACACUGCUUGUUUAUCUUGCAAUAACUUCUUUUUUUUUCUUUUUUUGUGAAUGAAAAAUUGUUUAUGGGGCCUUUGCAUGAAAGCUGCAAUUUGUUGUACUUGGGCAAAUAACUGUGUUUAUAAACUUUGGUCUUUAUCACAGAAGUAUGAUCGAGCUAAGUUUUAGACUGUAUCCAUACCAAAUUGUGGACUUUUUGCCUUUCAAAGUGUUUUUGUUGUGUAUCUGCAAAAAGUGUGUGUGAAUUAAAAUCCACCAAACAGAAACACACUUUGCCUUAAAGUUCAAGUGUGAACUUUUUAUGAAACAGAACUGUGCCGAAUCAGAGAAGCAGUAUUACUUCAAAUGCAGACUAUUCAAGUUUAAUGCCUUUAUGAAAACUGCUGGUACGACAUUAUGAAUUUACUCAUCAGCGUAUAUCUAUCUAUAUAUGAACAUGUUUAAAUAAAAUUACAACACAGAGUUGUAGAAUACAAUGCUAUUUUUUAUUUUAUGUUGAAGUAUUCUUUGGUAUAAAUGUACAUAAUUUGUAUCAUGUAUUAAUUGUGUAAUUAACUGCCUCCUGAAAACUGCAAAAGAGUAAAUAAACCUUGAAGAUUAUACACAAA